AUGCGAGUAUCGAAAGGUUUAGAUAAGGUUGCGAUUGAAGUACGCAACCUAAGCAACGCUCUAUUACAAGGAGAAAGGAAUCCAGACCUGUUUCCAGCCCAUAUACGGCGACUACGCGCAAUAGCGUCGGCAGUAAGGCAAGAGAGGGCCCAUUUAGGCGUUAACCAGGAUGCGCUUAACCCUGAGGAGUUCCCAUUAGAGCGCGCAACAAGGGUUGUUUAUGCUAUUUAUGAUAUUCGAACACCCGAAUUAUUCUACUUAGCCUCGAGGGACCCUGCAGGAAUCGAUACCCAUCGUCUUUUUUUGGCAUCCCGUAGACAACGUGGUAACGCAUUGUUGGACUACUUGUCAAAGACCGACUUUAGUCUCCUGGGAGUGUACCCAUUGGAAUCGAUAGAUGCUCGUGGCGUGCCAUUUCGAGACGGUCCCGCUCGGCGUUUUCGAUUUCGGCUAAAACCGAUCAAGCACGAUUUUGGACGAGUAUUAUGCAUGGCUGAUGCACGAACACUGAGGGCCACCAGUGACGAGGUUUUAGGUCUGGUGGGUCGUGGCAAACAUCGCAGGGCCCUGCCAGAGGAUUGGGCAGGGCCUUCAAGUAAGGUGACAAGUGUAACUAAAACAAAUGCGUUCUGGACUGUGUUCAGCAAACGUUUCAAAGCUUGUCUUCCUAUACUGUCGGUAAAUGACACUGUGCAUGUUCUCAAGGCAUUUCAUGCCGCAAACAAGGACACAGGUGUAUAUGUGGCUGCAGCUCCUUUGAUGCGGUACAAUAUACGACACCUUGACAAGGACUUACUUAUCGAUGCUCUUCACAUCCUGUCGACGAGGCUGAAAAGGAAUACACAACAGGACCUUUUUCGAGCUAUGGCAGACCACGUGCCUAACGUGCUAUGGGCAAUGAAAGGUAAGAGCUAUUACGGGAAUGUAAUAUAUAUGAGACACGCAGCUUCUGAUAUCGCCGCUACCCUGUGGCAUCUGAGCCGCGCGCGUUGCACCGAUAGAAAGUUAGCUGCCCACAUGCAAGCUAAAUUUUGCGAUACUAUGGACGCACUGAACGACCUAGAGCGCGGUACGGCAGUCCUCGCCUUCGCGCGACACGGGCACUCCGACAAGAGUCUAUUCACAUCCAUCACUUCACAGCUUAGCAAGCGUUGUUCGGGAGAAUCUCUUUUUCGGGCGGCCUGGGGUAUGCACAUGGUGGGCUUGGAUGUCCAAGACCUAUUACGUGAUCGUCUCGUCACAUGUGUAGAACACGUAAAAAACGCAGAUAGCCGAUCGGUUGAAAUCUGGCGCCGCAUCCUAGGGCAUAGCGACUGUUACGAUAAGGUCUUCGGUAGUCGAGAAUAG